AAAAAAAAAUCCAUUUGGUAGCCACGUUGUGAUUCACCGAACGAAGAAGCAAAACGAUUGGCAUUGCUUUCUGUUUACGGAGAAAUAAGGACAUUUACUGCCGAUUUCAUCAUCUUUUUCAAUAAGAAUGGUUUUGGAUUUGGAUCUCUUCCGCAGUGACAAGGGUGGUAAUCCCGAUGCCAUUCGCAAAAAUCAAGAAAAACGUUUCAAAGACGUGGCUCUGGUCGAGACUGUCAUAAGUCAAGACACCGAGUGGCGUCAAAGACGUCAUCGUGCCGAUAAUCUGAAUAAGGUGAAGAAUGUCUGUAGCAAGGUGAUUGGUGAGAAAAUGAAGAAAAAGGAACCUCAAGGCGAUGAGGCUGAAGAAGUUCCGGCUGAUGUCCAGCAAGAUUUGACCGAACUCAAUGCUGAGAAAUUAUCCCAGCUGACGGUGAAUCAAAUUAAAAAAGUUCGUGUACUAAUUGACCAAGCCAUGGCUGAAAACGAGAGACUAUUGCAAGAAGCUGAACAGAAGAGGAAUCAAGCUCUGAGGGAAGUUGGUAAUCAUUUGCAUGAAUCUGUCCCAGUAUCCAAUGAUGAGGAAGAAAACAAAGUCGAGAGGACAUUUGGCGAUUGUACAAAACGUAACAAGUACUCACAUGUGGAUUUGAUUGUUAUGAUUGAUGGUAUGAAUGGUGAUAAGGGAGCGGUUGUAUCUGGAGGACGUGGUUAUUUCCUAACUGGCCCCGCUGUGUUUUUGGAGCAAGCUUUGAUUCAACACGCCCUGCAUUUGUUGUACGCCAAGGACUAUGUUCCUUUGUACACACCCUUCUUUAUGCGCAAAGAGGUUAUGCAAGAAGUGGCCCAAUUGUCGCAAUUCGAUGAGGAACUCUACAAGGUUAUUGGUAAAGGUAGUGAAAAGGCUGAAGAAGCUGGCACUGAUGAAAAAUACUUGAUUGCGACUUCCGAACAACCAAUUGCUGCCUAUCACCGCGAUGAAUGGCUUCCUGAAGCUUCAUUGCCCAUUAAAUAUGCCGGUUUGUCAACAUGUUUCCGCCAAGAAGUUGGCUCUCACGGUCGUGAUACCCGUGGUAUCUUCCGUGUACAUCAAUUCGAAAAAGUUGAACAAUUCGUCUUGACCUCACCGCAUGACAAUAAAUCUUGGGAAAUGAUGGAUGAAAUGAUCAGCAAUGCUGAAACCUUCUGCCAAUCUUUGGGCAUUCCAUACCGUAUUGUCAACAUCGUAUCGGGUGCUCUUAAUCAUGCUGCUGCUAAGAAAUUGGAUCUUGAAGCCUGGUUUGCCGGCAGCGGCGCAUUCCGUGAAUUGGUCUCGUGUUCCAAUUGUUUGGAUUACCAAGCCAGACGUUUGUUAGUACGUUAUGGUCAAACAAAGAAAAUGAAUGCCGCUGUCGACUAUGUGCACAUGUUGAAUGCCACUAUGUGCGCUGCCACACGCGUCAUCUGUGCCAUUUUGGAAACACAUCAAACAGAGACAGGCGUUAAGGUGCCAGAGCCACUUAAGAAAUAUAUGCCUGAAAAAUACAAGGACGAAAUUCCAUUUGUAAAACCUGCUCCAAUUGAUGUUGAAGCUGCUGCUGCUACUAACAAAAAGGCUGGCAAGGGUAACAAGAAAGAUGCUGCAGCUGCUUAAAUAUUAAACCAAAAUAAAAUCCAGGAAAUUACGCCCCUCUAGUUUAAGUACGAUUUGAAAACGAUAAUUAUGCAUUUUCUUGUAAUACGCUUAAACGGAUAAAUAUUUUAAAACAAUAUCAUUAGCAGUUUGUAUGACAAAACAAAGGGAGAGAUUGUUUCGAAAAGGUAUUUUCUAAGUAUUUCUAAUUUAUUAUUCACACAAAAUGUUCUCGAUUUUUAAAGAUUAACGUAAAAUAUACCAAGAUAUGUUAACUCCCGUUAUUCAUUAGCAGAGCGAUAUUAAAUACAUUUGGUAUAAAUAAAAUGGAAUAAAGGAAAAUAUAAAUGAAAACUAUUAAA